UCACAGGGACCGGGUUGGGGGCACCAUUUCUUGGCUGACCCAUCCAGUCCCUAAAACACUGUCAUUUCCUUCUAACACCCCAGGAGUCCCCCAGCAGACAUGGACCACGUGACCCGAUACCCCAGCUUCAGCAUCCCCCACUCCCCUCGCCUCCCCAGCCAGGUGCUUGACAGGGACACCAGCUACUCCUUCCAGAUGGUGAGGGUGGGGCCUGAGGAGACAGAAUGGAGCCAGGACAAGCCGCCUCUCCGAGCCACCGGCCACACGGCCCUGCAGGACAUGGGGAGGGCCAGAGCAUCUCGGCCCCUGCUGGCCUUCUCCGGGCAGUGGUCCCCAGGGUACCAGGAGGACCUGGAGGGUGGCUACGAUGCCCAGGGUGCCAUCCCCAGGCAGCUGUGGGCCCUGGAGCAGGAGCGCCGGGCGGUCAUCCAGGACCAGGCGGUCAAGAAGAGCCGCACAGUGGCCACACUUCACGAUGAUCCCGGCCAGAGUGAUGGGGCCCCGGAGUGCCCCCCGACCCAGCCCGGCGAGGACGGCGGGGUGGAUCGGGAGCAGAUUGAUUUCUUGACAGCGCGACAGCAGUUCCUGAGUCUAGAGCGGGCCAGCACAGAGGCCCCUCCGAAGCCCUUACCCCGGGGGGCCUCCGGGGGACUUCUAUCAGUGGUCAGCCAAGCCCCCAAGGCCCUGGACGGACCCCCCCUGGCCAACGGGUAUGACAUCUCCCUUGGGUCCCCCGUGAAGAAGGUGAGUGCUGGCCAGAAGGUCCAAGGCCCACCGACAGGCUCCCAAGUCUACCCCGCAGACAAGCCCAGGCCCCUCCCCCGAGCGCCCUCUCCCGAGAACACCAAGGAGACACCCAUCGAACGGGAGAUCCGCCUGGCCCAGGAGCGCGAGGCUGCCCUGCGAGCGCAGAGGGGCUUGCAGCCAGCGGCCGAGCAGCAGGAGAUGGUGCAGGUCCCCUCCCGGCCGCUGCUGACCAGGGUCACUCUGAGCCCAGGUCCGCGGCGCGACAGGGGCCGCCCAUCCCUCUACGUGCAGCGGGACAUCGCUCAGGAGACGCAGCGCGAGCAGGACCACCGGCUGCAGGGCGGCCGCGCGGCCACCCCGGACUGGGGCUCCGAAGACGCGCAGCCUGUGCUCCGGCGGGCCUUUAGUUCCGACUCCAUCCUCGACCCGGACGCGCGCGCGGCCAACCCCGACCCGGAGGUCAGGGCCGUCAGCCGCAUCCCGCCCCACGUCUAUCUGCCCUACCUGGGCCCCGGGAGCCCCAGGCUGCAAACCCCACCUGCCCUGGAGGUCCAGGCGGUGGCUUCGCCCAAGGCCACCGCGUCCCCGAGGCCAGUCUCCGAGCCCUCCAGGAGAGCCCUGGGCCCAAAGCCCCUGCCGGCCCACGGGGGGGUGGUCCGCCGGGAGUACUUCCUCCUGCGCCCGCUGCGGUUCGGCGUCCCUGAGGACCCCCGGCCGGCGCAGGGCCCUUCAGGCUGGGGCUGGGGGCCGGCUGGAGCCCCCGUGCUGAGGCUGCAGAAGUCCCGGUCCUCCGAGCUGCUGGAGCAGGAGGUGGAGAGCGUGCUGCGCAGAGAGCGGGAGCUGGCGGAGGAGCGGCGCAGCGCGCUCUUCCCCGAAGUCUUCAGCCCAUCGCCGGUGGACAGAGACCCGGACUCCAGGAGCUCCUCCCGGGCCUCCGGCAUCACAGGCAGCUACUCGGUGUCAGAAUCCCCCUUCUUCACCCCAAUCCAGCUGCACUCGGGCCUGGUGUGGGCAGUGGGGGCUGAGCCAGAGACCCCAGAAGAUCCCCCACAGGAUGCACCCUGGCAGAGGAAGAAGAAGGAGACAUGGUACGCCGGGAUUGACCCCUCCGACCACAUCAACUCACAGGUCCUGGAGGCCACCCGGGUGACCCGUCACAAGAACCUCAUGGCAGAACGCUGGGAAGCCCGUGUCUACACCAGCGAGGAUGAGGACUGAGCCUGCUGCUGGGAACAGGCCAUCCGCCCUUCCCACCUGCCUGGGCCUUAGGGCACUGCCAAGACCAUCCAAGCCCCCACCGCGGGGACUAGGACCCCCGUGUGGACCCACGGGCAGGCGGGUCGGAGCACCAGAGCCCAUGCCCAUAAUCAGUGGGCAGUAUGCGCUUCAGAUGGAAUGUUCUCUGCCAUUUUAAUUUUCCUGGGGAACUUUUU